GUGGUUCUCUCGUUCUAGGAGGACAUCCUAUGAUGUCCUCCCACCCUAACCGCGCCUGUCACGCUGACAGCUCGUGAAGAGAGGAGAGCCAGUAAUUGUCAUUCCUCGGAGGGGACAUGUACACUGAUCAUCAGUGCCCUGAUGAUCAGUGUGUCCUGAUGAUCAGUGUAGUACCAGCAGUGCCACCUGUCAGUGCCCAUCAAUGCCACCUGCCAGUGCCCAUCAGUGCCUCAUCAAUGCCACAUAUCAGUGCCUACCAGUGCGCAUCAAUGCCACAUAUCAGUGCCCAUCUGAGCUGCCUUUCCGUGUCACCUAUCAGUGCCAGUCAGUGCCACCUACCAAUGCCAGUCAGUGCCACCUAUCAGUGCUGCCAGUCAGUGCCACCUAUCAGUGCGCAUCAGUGCCACCUAUCA